GACCGGAAAAGCGGUCAGUUCGCGCUGGCGUCGGAUCAAGUGCUAGGGAUGGUAUUUGAGCACUCGGAGGAGCCCCCUGGAACCCCAGGCCGUCGCACGACUUCCAGAACAUCCCUAGUGGAUGUCUUCGAAGGCUCCGCAGUGCAAUCAACGCUCACCGAGUGGUCGCGAGACACAUCGCCUUCCAGGAACCACGACAAGGACCCAGAUCGCGUGCUGAAAUUAUCUCCCGCCAAGAUGCAGGAACUCACAUCCUCACCGCAGUCUAUCCCGUAUCGUGCAGCGCCACCGGAGCAAUCAGAACGCGGACGACGGGCAGUAUCGGAUGGAAUGCAUGCAGCAGCUGCGCAGUUUGAAACGCCAGAGCCCACAAGCCUGCCGUCUGUGGAUGAACCUAAAUUUACAUCCGAUAUUCUACCUAAACUCCGUCUGCCCAAAGAUCUAUCCAUCGACACCUCGACCGUCUCGACUGGGAGAACACCUGCGUCAUCCUCUUCGCGAAAUCGACCACUAAACUCACGGGCGGUGUCAACACCUAACUCACGCCGACAGACCUUGCCGGCGACGAAUGACAGGCUGGCUCAGACAUGGGCGUCUCGCACAAAACAAGAUCGCCUUUCGAUUACUCGGGAAUCGGAUUCGAAACACCUUGAACCUUCCCCACAGAUGAAAGAACAGGCCUUGCCUUCACCGAUGCCCCCGAACAUCCCUCUGCCGCCUCUAUCCGUUCCAACUUACCUCCAGUUAGAGCUGGCAUCGGGCCGCCCCUCACCGCUGUACAUUCACCGUUCUGCUAUGACCGACUUCCCUUACGAGUCUUCUCGAGUCAAGCUUGAAAGACUCAUGAAUUUCUUGAUGCUGCCGCCGGCGGUAGAGCAGGUACUCUGGUUCGGUAUAUUGGCAUGUCUGGAUGCGUGGUUGCAUUCUUUUACCAUUCUUCCGCUCCGGUUUCUGAAGGCUCUGUACAUACUCGUUGAGUCAUGGAUUCUAAACUUGGGUGUGGAGUUUCGGUACGUGGCUGGUUUUGUGAUCAAAGGCGUGGGCCGGGUAUGGCGCAGGCGUAACAGGACCGUAUCCAUCGACGAGCCACCGCGUGGCUCCGACGUGGGACGCACACACAAGGGCGAAACCGCACCCGGGGAACGAGAUUCCCGCGCUAAGGCAACCGAGUCUCGAAAAAGGCACCGAUCUCAUGGUCACCGAGCGCAGCAUCGGCGGCAGAAGAGUAUCCCGUCAGCCCUAAUGCCAGACGACAAGGCCGACAUCCUCAAGGGAUUGCUCAUGAUCGCUACCUGCUGCGUUCUGAUGCGCUUCGAUGCGAGCCGGAUGUACCACUGGAUUCGCGGACAGGCAGCUAUCAAGUUGUACGUGAUCUACAAUGUGCUAGAAGUCAGCGAUCGACUGUUUGGCGCCAUCGGUCAGGACGUGCUUGAGUGCCUAUUCUCGCGUGAAGCGCUGGAGCGGCGACCCGACGGCCGCAGCAAGGUCUUCCGCCCGUUUGGGCUCUUCUUGCUAGCGUUAGGCUACACAGUCAUCCAUUCGACAGCACUGUUCUAUCAGGUGAUGACGCUGAACGUUGCGGUGAACUCUUACUCCAAUGCGCUGAUCACCCUGUUGCUCUCCAAUCAAUUUGUCGAGAUCAAGUCCACGGUCUUCAAAAAAUUCGAAAAGGAGAACCUCUUUCAGCUCACCUGCGCGGACGUGGUAGAACGCUUUCAACUCUGGCUCAUGCUGACGAUCAUCGCAUCGCGCAACAUUGUGGAAACUGGGGCAUUCAAUAUCUUCAGUGGGUUGGGUUCUAGCUUCACUUCAACCAGCACCAACAGCACGCCGCUGUCGACUCCACCACGAACUGCAUCCUCGAUCCUCCCGCAGGCCUUCACAAUCGUCCCGUCAUCUAUCAUCGCCUCCUUCAGCCAAGCCAAUUCCUACCUUCCGACGCUGGCGCAAGUCCUAGGACCCUUCCUCGUCGUCUUGGGCUCGGAGAUGCUAGUCGACUGGCUCAAGCACGCGUACAUCAACAAGUUCAACAACACCCGUCCGGCCAUCUACGGUCGCUUCCUGGACAUUUUGGCCAAGGACUACUACACGAAUGCGUUCGCGGACCAAAACCUCAUGCGCCGGCUCGGACUGCCCGUGAUCCCACUAUCCUGCCUCUUCUUCCGCGUCAGCGUCCAGACCUACCAGAUGUUCAUCGCUGCCUUACUCCCCCAGCAGCCCGCCUCGUCCACCGCGGUCGAAGCCACCUCCCUCACGGCCAUCCACAGUCAAUACGUCCCCGCGCCCAUGCCCUCCCCUCCCCCGCUCACCUUCCAGAAUUUCAUCCCCACCUCGACCGCCUACGCUGGGGCCUGGUUCCGCCAGAUGCUCGCCAACACCAUGCCCACCCCGGCCUCAUCCGUCUACAUCUUCACCGUCGUCCUCAUCCUGACCGGCUACGUCGUCCUCCUGAUCCUCAAGUUACUGCUCGGCAUGCUCCUGCUCGCGCUCGCCCGCUCCCGUUACAAAGCCAUGAAACUGCGCGAGGCAGAACAGCAAAGCCACCCCACCGCCGUCCCGGCCUCAACCUCCUCCACGGCCGGCGGAUUAGGGCCCACGGCCACUACUACAACCGAUCCCGCUCCCUCCGAAACCACCGCCCCGCCUGCCGCGCCAGCAGCAGCAGCAGCACAGCCCCGCCCCCGCGAAUUCGCCGUCGAGGGGAGCCGUCGAGUCGGCGGAUGGGGCGUCGUCGAGGUGAACGACGAUCACCGGCGGUGGAUCUACGCCGAUGACCCGGAUGGUCUGCGGAGACUCAAAGCGAAGGAGGAGAAGGACGCGAAGGCUGGUGGUGGCAAGGAGGAGCUGCAUCUGGAUCACGUGCAGCGGUAUGAGAUGGUCGCCAAGCGGAUUUGGUGA